CCGAGUCACAAGCUUGAGAUUUUCUUUUCGUCGACUGAAAGUUCACUCUACUGCACAAAACCUUUGCUUCGAUCACUCAAACUUCCGUCAGGCGAGCCUCUGUUAUCGCAACCGAGCAAUUGUUUGGACCGCAUUCGGGGGGCAUCUUGUGAUGCAGUGACCCCUCCUCGUACGACAUCAGCUCUGCCGGUCAGUUGCCAGCUGUCAAACCUGCCCCUUCGGGUUCGUUGUGCCUUGGAGGGAGCCAGUUCCAGUCGUGCCAGAACAAAUUCGAAGGCGAAACGAUCGGACGAGACGAAAGGGUUCUUCCCAGGGCGUGGCAGCCGAGCCUCCAGCAUUCAUGGUGUCGCAUCACGGCGACGGGUCAACGUCGCUGGCGCUACGGGGGCCUUCGUCUGUCGUCGGCAUCGUUGGUGGCAGCGGCAGCGGCCAGAGGGAAGGCCUGCACGUCUCCUCUCGCUCCCGCCGCUACAACCGUUCACAUGCCGGCGGCAGCGCUUUCGUACCCCAGAAUGAGUUCCCUGUGUUCAGCCACAGCGGCGAUGUCGAGAUUAUUGUGCGCGUCCCAUCUGGGCAUGAAAAUCGCUAUCUCCUGCACCGGCACAACCUCACUCGCUGUUCCGGUUUCUUCGAGGCCAGCACCAGCAAUGAAUGGUCGCGCGCGCAAGCAGUACCGGAAUUGCCGGCACCUGGAACGGCCGGCGCGAUAGAGGCGGCGAAGAGCCCAACCGGUGGAGAGCUGGCACGGAUAGACGACCGCACGGGGAGCAGCGACGGGGGGAGCAAGCAUUCGGCCACGGCAUUGGCGAACAUCAAGAAACGAUGGAGAUACGAGCUCGACUGGGGAGCGGGGGACAAUGACAUACCGAUGCUGGUGCAGAAAGAGGAGACCAGCAGUCCGCCGCCGUCAGGGCGUUCAGUCUUUGGCGGCCCUGCACCCAGCUCUUCUUCAAGCCGGCACCAUCAUCACAAAUCGGGUUCCCACUCAUUUUUCCGCUCAGUAGCCAAUCUGAGUCUCUCUGCGACACAUCCGCCGCCCUUACCUCCACCAACUCAAGCAGAGCAGGAUUUAUUACGAGAUUACGACAACCUCUUCCGUAUCAUGUACAACUACCCACCUUAUCUCGACGGCGUCAAUAUUGCCGAUGCCUACGUGCAGUGCAAGUCGCUUCUCGCAUUGGCAGACCAGUACGACGCCCUUGCCGUGGUCGGUCCGCGUGUCGACCAUCAUCUCCUCCAAUUCCAGUCCCGCCUCUGGAAGCAGAUCGCCAAGUACCCCAUAAGCUACCUUCGGCUCGGCUACCUCGCCCGGUCCAAAGUCAUCUUCCAAGAAGCGCUAAUCCACGUCGUCGGUCAAUGGCCGGCAGGCGAACGGUCGAUCCGCGCCGCUCUGCCCGAAACGGUACUCGACAUCAUCGAGGACAAGGUUGACGAGCUGGAAGAAACCGUCAGCCGUAUCGAGGCGCGCCUCUUCCGCCUCACUUUAACAAACCGCUCAGGCGAGCGCGUCGGCCCCGCGACAAACUACCUCGACUGGCUCGCGGUCAGCCUCUUCCGCCAGUGGCUCGCCGAGAACACCACCCCGCCAAUACCGGCCGUGCCGGAGCGCAGGGCGCACCGCGAUGCCGCCGGGUCGCGUGGCCGCAGGGGCAGCACUAGCAGCGGCAGCGGCGCUAGCGCAGCAGGAGGUGGUGGUGCGAACGGCCGCUCGGCGGGCGGCGGCAACGGCGCUUCGAAUGCCAUGGCCGCUCCCGUCCCGCCGCUGGCCUCGCUGGGGAGGACGUACCGCUUGCUCGGGGCCGCGCCGGGGUCGGACAGCAAGGGAUACCUCGGUCAUGACGAGUGCAAGCGCUUCCUGAAGCUCACGCCCGACCUGUACAGCCGGGACAAUCUUCGGCGGUUUGAGAAGCGGAUCGACGAGCUCAAGGCCAUGGCGCGCGAGGUGGUCCGCCCCUUGAUGGGCAGCAGGCUCGAGCUGGACGUGAGCCAUGGCGCCGGGUCCAUUGGGUAUUUGACCUGUACCACGGUGGGGGAUAGGGACUUGCCGUGGGCGGUUUAUGAUUGAAACUUGGUUGGUGGCAUCGGAGAGGAGAGGAGGAAGGUAAUGCUUGGUUUUCUUAAAGGCCAAGCACUGUGGCGUUGUUUAUACCUGGUGGUCUGUCAUUUGGGAGACUGGGCUGAGGAGGAUGGUGGGACCUGGUGUUCUGUCAUAUCCUCUCCUGGGCGAAUGUCGGUUGGCGGCUGGUGGUUCGAUGAUUCACUACGAUAUAUA